AUGUUUACGAGUGAAAGUGUGCAAGAACAUAUACUUUAUGAUAAAAUAUAUCAAUAUCUUUGGGUUAAGUCUGAGACAUCGAGUCCACCUUCUGUGUUGAUACCUGACACUGUGAUUUUGAUAAGGUCGAUGCCAAUAUAUUGGUAUUUUACAGAUAAGGAGACUGGAGAGGUGAAAAAAAAGAUGAGGAAAAACGUUACGAAAGAAAAUAUAAAAGAAACCUGGUUGAAUUAGGUUGGGAGAUCUGGAGUAGUAGGAUAUCUGCUGCAUUUUAUGUAUAAAUAGCAUACCUUACAUUAUCAAGUGAGAAUUUAGACUUGAAUUAUCCUCCUGAGAAGCUCAAAAUAAGUGGCUAAAUUUAGAUUGUGUAUUUCGAUGAAAAAGGGUUCGAAAACUUUAUGAAUUCAAAUUUGGAGCUUCCCUUUGGAAUACUCUAACGAUACGUUGAGGCAGCAGAUGACAAAAAUUGUAUUCAUCUCAUUAAAAUCAGCAUAAAUAUAGGCAUUUUGGAGUAAGUCAGUUACGCUCUUCACCAAGAGAGUGACAAAGAAAAGUUAUUUGAACAAGUCAAUGAAUAUAUAUGAGAGGCUUUGUACAUUCGAAGGGCCUGAAUAUUUGAGUGAAGCAAGUACGAUAUUAUGAUAAUAUUUACAAAUUAGCUUAAGUGAAGGAUUUCUAAUCUUAACGAAUAUCUGAAUAGAUUGAAAAGAUGAUUAAUCAUUUGGAUGCCAUAUCAUUUGGAAAAUUGAAUAUAAGUUAAGGAACUUUUUAUUUUAAGGUUGACAAAUAAGCUAAAUGUUGGUUCCUAUUUUGUGGAAGUCUAAAAUUCGAUGACGAUAAACAUUUUAAGAAUUAUCCAAAAGAUUUAUACACACAAUCAUAAAUUUAAAUACCAAAAUCAGUGGAUGGAAUUAUGUCAGUGUAUAGUCAAAGACCAUUGCAAUUGAACAAGGAAUCUAAAUGCAUUAAGUGUGGGAACAUUGACAAAGAGAACAAUUUCAUUGAUAUUCCAUACCAUUAUAUUUUAGAUUAAAAUGAAGAAAGCCUGCCUGCUGAUGAAUGGCCAAAUGAAAUUAAGAAAGAGGCCAAAACAGUAAAAGUGGCAGGGGCUAAUGCUGGAACCCAAGCAUUAUUAAAUACAAUAACGUAGGUUCCCUUGGUAUUUUAGAAGAUUCACGAAAAGUUAAAUUACACAAACUUCGAUUAAUUUAAAAAUUCUGAUGGAUUUUUGCAUAAGAAAUUAUAAGUCUGUUUAGAUUGCUACAUAGUAUUAGGUAUAUUAAUCUAAUAAUUUAAGUUGCUCAUCAAGAGAAAGUGUAAAAGGGUUGUGUAAUUAACAAAAUCAGUUAAAAUAUUCGAAUUCGUAAGUCAACAGGAGGAUUUACAAAUGCUAAGCAAUUAAAGGCAUAUUUAAGAUCACAAUAGAAAGAAUAACAGAAGAAAAUAAGUUAGGUGAAAACAACAGAAAGCAAUACAAGCAAAGGAACAUAAAAAAUAAGACCAAUUUAACAAUAUAUCAAUAUGAGAUUACAAAGUUUAAGUCCUUAAUAAAAAUACUCAAUCGAAGUGCCUUCUACUGCAGAUUACUUAUCAUUUAAAACGAAAUCAUCUAACUACGACAGUAAUUUGAAAAUAAGAAAUUUAUAUAACUUGUCUCUUUAAGCAAAAUUGAAUUCUUGA